AGAGAGAGAGAGAGGGGUCUUCGGUCAUUCGCUCGUCUGGUUUGCGGUUUCUGCCGAAGGAAGAGAAGUGGAAAUCUAUUCUUCGAUUUAUAAUACUUGUUUUGAAAUCUCAGUUCCAGCGUUGAAAACAUGGAUGAAGAUUUGGAAUACCGUUGUUUUAUUGGGGGCCUUUCUUGGUCAACAUCUGACAGGGGUCUUAAAAAUGCAUUUGAAAAGUUUGGCAAUCUUGUUGAAGCAAAGGUAGUUGUGGAUAGGUUUUCUGGUUGUUCUCGUGGAUUUGGGUUUGUCACCUUUGAUGACAAGAGAGCAAUGGAAGAUGCUAUUGAAACAAUGAAUGGUAUGGAUCUAGAUGGGAGGGCUAUUACUGUUAAUAAAGCUCAGCCUCAUCAGGGAUCUGGUAGGGACCGUGACCGUGGUCAAGGGCGUGAUCGUGACUAUGGUGGUGGACGGGGUUCCAAUUCUGGGGAGUGCUUUAAAUGUGGCAAGCCUGGGCAUUUUGCAAGGGAGUGUCCAUCUGGUGAUGGGGCAAGAGGGGGCAGGUACGGUGGAAGGGAUUCUAAAUAUGGUGGCGGCGGUUACAAUCGCUAUGGGCCUGAUCGUAAUGUGGAUCGUUAUGGUGGAUGCAAUAGGGAUGGUGGUAAUCGUGGGAGUUCUGGAAGUGACCGAUAUAAUCGUGAUCGUUCUGGCCCAUAUGAGCGUCCGGGAGGUUUCCGUUCUUGAGAAAUGAAAUUUUCUGUUUUUAAGCGGAGGAGCCGGUUGAGAUGCUGCAAGUGCAAGGAAAAGGUUGAAAGUGUACAUUCUUCAAGGCCACGACAGGAUGUCUUUUCUUCAUGUCUGCUCAGACCAAUAUCUAAUCUCACUUAGGCAGUGUGAAACUUCGCAAGAAUAUGUGGUUCAACUGUUUUGAGUUCUGUCAGAUGCUCAGUACAAUGUUUUGGUCCGAAUGGGGUCUUAUGCUUGCUUGACAUACAUCUCAAAUUUGGUCUUAUAUAUAGUCUUUGAAUGCCAUUAUUGCUGCUGGAUUCUGGA